AUCAACUCAAGUCAAGCCAGAAGAUAAAAAAGGAUAGGAACCACAAAACAAGCAUGACUUUCACCAGGGGUUAACGUCCCACUGAGAACAAAAGAACCUGUUUGACACCUGAAGCAGAAAUGCCAUAUAAUACCUACCGUAAACUGUUUACAAUGUUUUAGAGAAGAUACAUUCUCAAAAUCACCGUUUAUGACAGUCUAAAGGUGUUUACACUCCUGUAGUACUUCAGUCUAUUAAACUCCACCGAGUGAGGCUUGUCUUAAGAGAUGGCCAAAAACUAUGGGUAUAAAGUCUACAUGGGUUACCUAAGAUUAAUCCUUAUUAUGUUGUGACCCUUUUUGAGUGAGAGAAGUAGGGGGAAAGAGUUUAAAGCAGCAGCUGAGCCAUCAUCAGACAGCAGCUCCGCCCACAGGGAGCAAACACGUCCCUCCUGUUUUAGUUCACUCCCAUCCCCUUAGAGAGCCGCACAGUUCACUGCAGAUAGCCACAGAUGUAUCUCACACUGAAGCGCGACACAAGUGGGACUGCAUCUGAAUGAGGACCCUUUCUCUACCUGUUAGGGCGCGUCCAGACCAACAAAAAAAAGCAUUCCAGGGUUCUGCGGCAGUGGGAGUGGCACUUACUAUAAAUGGCCCGGGGUUUUUUGUAUGGCGUCAUGUUUGUGUUAUUUAACACCCCAAUGUAGUCUUUCGAUUUCACGAUUAUUGAUUUCCGUCAGAUCAUUUUUAUGACGUCCGUGUUUUCGAAUCGCAGUUGAAGGAAAGCUUGACCCUCUGCCUCUAGUUGCUUGUGCAUCUUUGGCAGCUCCAUUUACAGGGGCACUUUUGGACUUUCUGAUUCGAAUUACCAGAUCUGUUACAGAAUAGCACAUUUUAACUGUGCAUUUACAAAAAGCCAGAAAAAUGUACUUUGAUGAAAUUAUCUGUCUUAUUGGAGGCUUUGGGAAGUUCCAGAAGAUCUUGUAUGUAUGGAUCUGUCUACCUCAGAUCUUUCUGGCGUUCCACAUGCUGGUCUCUGUCUUCACUGAGGCUGUUCCUCCGCAUUUGUGUAGCUCCUCGAGGCCUGCGGCGGGCGCUCCGGCCUCUUCAUAUUUCAACUUCAGCCAUCUGUCCGCCCUUGAUGGCCGGUCUGAGCUUUCCUGCACGGUUCCCUUGAACCACAGCGGUGCUGUAGCUCUCGGCGAUGGACACCCUGCUGGGGGAUGCCAGAGAGGCUGGGAGUACAGCACAGAGACCUUCCAAAGCACCACAGUAACUGAGUGGGACCUGGUUUGUGACAGUGCCAACCUGAACAUCAUGGGCUCCUCCACAUACAUGUUGGGCCUCCUAGUUGGAGCUGUUUUGUUUGGAAGCUUGGCUGAUAAGUACGGUCGCAGGAUCAUCAUUCUUUUCAACCUGGCUACCCAGGCUGUCUUUGGGGUCGGUGCUGCCUUCGCCCCUAAUUUCUAUGUCUACAUCGCCCUUCGCUUUAUGGUUGGAACAUCUGUCUCUGGUGUCAUCAUGAAUGCCUUUGUCCUAGGGAUAGAGUGGACAGGAUCUAAGCAGCGGAUGUUGGCUGGUAUAAUCACUGACUACUCCUUUGGCGUCGGCUACAUUUUGCUGGCCGGUAUUGCGUACCUCAUAAGAGACUGGCGCAAACUGCAGCUAGCAAUCUCAGCACCUGGUUUCCUCUUCAUCUUUUACAUCUGGGUGUUGCCAAAGUCAGCUCGCUGGUUAAUAGCCAAUGACAGAAAAGAGGAAGCAUGGGAACUGAUCCAAAAAGCAGCGCAGAUGAAUGGGAAGCCCCUCACCAAAGAUUUGGAGAUGUGUCAGCAGGUCUAUAAAAUUGAAGAGAAAACAGAGGUGAAGAAAAAUCACUUCAUAGACCUUGUUCGAACCCCAAAAAUGAGGAAGCAUUCUUUGAUUGUUUUUUAUCUCUGGUUCGCCAACGUGCUCGUGUACUACGGCCUGUCUCUCAACAUUUCUGACUUUGGAAUGAACAUCUAUCUGACCCAGCUGAUCUUUGGCCUGGUAGAGAUGCCUGCACGCACCAUCGUCCUGUUCACCCUCAACCGCUCCCGCAAGUUCUCCCAGCUGGCGUUCCUGGCUGUGGGUGGCACGGCCUGCCUGCUGACCAUCUUCAUCCCCUCUGACCUGUCCAUCAUUAAAACCGUGCUGGCCAUGAUUGGGAAGUUCGGGAUCACAGCCUCUCUUUCCAUCAUUUACGUCUACUCAGCCGAGGUGUUCCCUACUGUUAUCAGACAGAAUGGGAUCGGUAUGGGCUCCAUGUGUGCUCGCAUUGGAGGAGUCCUGGCUCCCAUGAUGUACCUUCUUAGGAGGAUCAGUCCACAGGCUCCCAUGGUGCUGUGUGGCCUCUGCCCUCUGCUGGGCUCCGCCCUCACCCUGCUGCUUCCUGAGACAGCCAACGAACCCCUGCCGGACACCAUCGAAGACGUAGAGGGAUCCAACCUCAGUGCGGAGGAUGGCGGUGUGAAGCCAGUCGCCUCGGAGGAAAACCGCCAAGAUGAACUGAUGAUCAGCAGCAAUGGGAGCUGCCACUUCUCAUGAGGCACAGGGAAUAUUCCAAAGGCAAACUAUACUUCCAGUCAGUCUAGAUUAUAUAUUUGUUUUCAGGUCUUUGCAAGAUUUUUAUAGCUUAUACAGUUUCUGUGUAUUUGUUUUUUUGUUGUUUUUAUAUGCCAUAUUUGCUUUUGUUCCGUUAUGUUAAAUAUCAGCUUUUUUUUUACUCCUUAGAAUUAUAUAACACACUUCACUUAAUUAUACCCCAUACAUUAUAUGACAAUACAAAUUAUGCAUUACAAAUUAAGCAUUACACAGCCAUGAAUACAUUCUCAAAGUAAAAUAUUCUAUCCAUGUGGAGGUAAACAAACAAGUCCUUAAGGAUUAUAUAUAGAAACUGGUGAAAGAGGUGUUGUGUAUGAACAAGACCUAAUGAAAACACUCUUCACACUGUAUCCUCUUACAUAGCACCUAUCUGCUGCAGGACUUCCAGCUAACGUACUGUAUUUUCAUACACAACGCUUGAAAUAACAGGAGUGUGACUUUCGAGAGUAUGCUUCAGGACUUCAAGCUGCACUCAUUCAUUAUUUCCCGUCACUUGGGGGCAGCAUAGCAAGCUGUAAGCUAUACCAGCAGUCAUAGUGAUUUAUAACCAGUGUUGGGCAAGUUACUUCCAAAAUGUAAUACAUUAUAGAUUACUAGUUACU